CCAGAAUCAAUGGAGCUAUAGAAUCAAGAAACAAGCUUCGAUCUUUGGGUAAAAGUAACACGGCAAGAAUGGUUCCACCGAACCUGACUUCAAGAUUUUCUUCUCCUCUGAACCAAACUCAUUUCUGCAUUUUUACUUCAAGUGUUACUCUCCUAUCUGAUCUAAGCACCGCCAAGAAAUCAAUUGCAACGAUGUCUUUCUCCUCCUCAUCGUCGCCAUCACCAUCUAUAACCAACCCCAAGGAAGACAAAACUCCAAACCCUGACACUCAAAAGCUAAGCCAGGUAAUAAAGUACCAUAACCAGACCAAACACAAUUUUACCAAUUACGCUAGAGGCCCUCGCGGCCUUGACUGGGCUAACCAACCCAAUCCAUUUCGCCGUUACAUUUCUGCUCCACUACUUUCUCUCCAGCACUUUCCAACUGACAAUCAAACAGCAUCAUCAGCUGCUGACUCUGCUCCUCUAUAUCAUUCUAUUUUCAAUUCCCUUCCUUCUCCAAAACCCAUUUCUAAAUCUUCGAUUUCCCAAUUGUUUUACGAUUCUCUCGCUCUUUCUGCUUGGAAAACAACUGGCUUUUCUACUUGGUCUCUUCGGGUUAACCCGAGUAGCGGUAAUUUACACCCAACUGAAGCUUACCUUAUUGCUCCACCAAUUGAAUCACUUUCUAGUUCUUCUUUUGUUGCGCAUUAUGCACCAAAAGAGCAUGCUUUAGAGCUUAGAGCUACAAUCCCGUCUGAUUUUUUUCCAAAAUUCUUUCCAAGAGAUUCGUUUCUAAUUGGGAUUUCUUCUAUUUUCUGGCGUGAGGCCUGGAAAUACGGGGAGCGUGCGUUUCGGUAUUGUAAUCACGAUGUCGGUCAUGCUAUUGCUGCGAUCGCAGUGGCUGCUGCUGGACUUGGAUGGGACGUGAAGUUGCUUGAUGGACUAGGGCAUAAAGAGUUGGAAAGGUUAAUGGGGCUUGAAAUUUAUCAGAGCUUUCAAGUUCCUGAUGGGCCAAUUAAAGGCAAGAUUCCUGAUAUUGAAUUUGAGCAUUCUGAUUGCUUGCUUCUUGUUUUUCCUAAAGGGGCUACUGAUUUUGAUGUUAAUUAUAAGGAAUUGAGCUCCGCAUUAAUGGAAUUUAAAAAUUUGGACUGGAAAGGUAAGCCAAAUUUGCUUAGCAAAGAACAUGUGUGUUGGGAUAUAAUUUAUAGAACUGCAGAGGCCGUUAAAAAGCCCUUAACAUUAGGAGAAAGAUUCUUGAUUGAUCCAUUUCAGGGAAGUGGUGUUUGUAGUGAUGGGUCGUAUAAAGGUUUUACUGUUAGGGAAAUUGUCAGAAAGAGGAGGAGUGCUGUGGAUAUGGACGGAGUCACGAAAAUAGAUAGAGAAACAUUUUAUCAGAUUUUGUUACAUUGUGUUCCUUCUGGUUCUGGAACUGGAGAAAGUCAGAAAAGACAGUUGGCAUUGCCAUUUCGAGUUCUUUCUUGGGAUGCUGAGGUGCAUGCUGCUUUGUUUGUGCAUAGAGUGACGGGAUUGCCAAAAGGGUUGUAUUUCUUGGUGAGAAAUGAAGAUCAUUUUCAUGAGCUUAAGAAAGCUACAAGAGCUGGAUUUAAAUGGGAGAAACCAGAGGGAUGCCCUGACGAUUUACCUUUGUAUGAGCUUGCUAGGGGUGAUUGCCAGCAGAUUGCCAAACAGCUCUCCUGCCAUCAGGACAUAGCCAGUGAUGGCUGCUUCAGCCUUGGUAUGGUGGCUCAUUUUGAGCCUACCUUGCGUGACAAGGGCGUGUGGAUGUAUCCUCGACUAUUUUGGGAGACUGGAGUCCUUGGCCAAGUGUUGUAUCUUGAAGCACAUGCAGUUGGCAUUUCUGCAACUGGCAUUGGUUGCUUCUUUGAUGAUCCAGUGCAUGAAGUGCUUGGAUUGAGAGGAUUAAACUUUCAGAGUUUGUACCAUUUCACCGUCGGAGGCCCGGUAUUAGACAAGCGGAUAAUGAGUUUACCUGCUUAUCCUGGACCUGACAUUGAUGCAUAAUAGUUUCAAUGCUUUCCGCAUACAGAGCUCAGGGAUUCUGAUUGUUGUUGCCUUGCUGUGAACCAUCACAAACUGAUAUACAUCAAAUAUCUUUCAAAUGAUUUCUUUUGAUAGAAGAAUUAUACAAGUCCCUUGCCUGUCAAUGAACUUCUCUUCGGUUGGGGGGCUACAGUUAAGCAUGUUUUAGCCUGUUUAAAUGCAAUUUGACCUGUACAGCUAAUAUCAGACUAUGGUAUGGUUAGUCCCAUCGUACAUAAUGAAAUGCACACCUGUAAAUUGCUGCACCAGUUCUUAAUUUAAACAAGCUUAGUAUUGUUUUUUGUGUUCUAA